ACGUCCGAGAUAAAGCACCUUGUCGAAGAGUUCUGUAAUUCAUUUCCUUGUGAGGGUUUACGACAUCCGUGCUAGCUAUUCUUCUCUCGGAGUCUAUGUAGCUAGCUCACCGAACAAGCACUCUCAGCAAGUUAUCGGGUCGGAUCUCCGAUCAGAUGAGAUGGCAUCUUCGCAUAAUGUUGAGUUGGAAGCGGCAAAGUUUCUGCAGAAACUCAUUCAAGAUUCCAAGGAUGAGCCAGCAAGAUUGGCUACAAAACUCCACGUGAUAUUGCAACACAUGAAAGCCAGUGGGAAGGAGCAUUCAAUGCCCUAUCAAGUGAUAUCAAGGGCCAUGGAGACUGUUAUUAAUCAACAUGGACUUGAUAUUGAGGCUUUGAAGUCAUCACGCCUUCCUUUGACCGGAGGAAGUCAAAUGGUGGAUUCUGCAUCGGCACAAUAUGCAGCAGGAUCUUCUCAGCCAAUCAAUGUCACCAAAGAUCCAAAUGCACGCUUGGCUGAAAAUGAUACUUCCAAAGGUGACCCGUUUUCUUCUAGCAGGCCACAUAUUGGCCCAGUUAGCGGGGGACAUGAUGGUUUUCAAGGAUCUGGAGCUCAUAGGAUCGUUCAGUCCUUUGAUCAUGAGAGUCCAUCCAGUUUGGACACUAGGUCUGCCAAUUCACAAUCACAAGAAAGGCGUGAUCCAGGUACUUGGGACAAAAAGCUAAAUCAAAAGGAUGGUAAAAAGUCUGCAGCCAAGAGAAAGAGGGGCGAUUCAUCAUUAGCUUCAGAACCUUUUCUUGACCGUGCACAACAAGGGGAUAUUCAAAAUGAUGCUGGCAAUCUAAGGAAAGGAAAAAUGAACAAAGUUGAGAAAUCAGUAGAAAGUGGCCGGGGUCAUGGUGGGAUGCCCGUCACAUCUCGCUCAUCAACGACUUUUUCUUCCGGAAAGGCAUUGGAGCAUGAUGAUGGGAGUUCCGCUGCAUCUGCGGAUGCAAAUAAGAUAUUUCAGGGUGGGAGACAAGCAAGCAAUGCAGAAAUGCCUUUGCUUAGAUCCUCAAUUCCAAGAGAUGCAGGAAAGGCUCCUCUUUCCCUGGCUCCGGCAUUGUCUGGCAUGCCUUUCAAAGAACACCAGUUGAGGCAGCUUAGAGCCCAAUGCCUUGUCUUUUUAGGAUUCAGAAACGGUUUGAUGCCAAAGAAGUUGCAUCUGGAAAUUGCGCUCGGAAGCAUCUUUCCUAAAGAAGGUGGCAAUACAGAGGGUCCUUGCAAAGAGCUAACUGACCAUAAAGGAAAGGCACAAUCUUCCAAUGAGCCAAGUGGCAUUUCUGAAGCUGUUAUACCAUUUGGAAGGCUAAAUAGUGCGAGGGACACUGAUAAAAUCCCUCCAGGCAUUUCAUCUACUGGACAGUCGUCGGAUGCUGAUGUAUUGCUGAAGGAAUCUGGGACUUCAAAAAUAGUGGACAAAAACAGCCCAUCUCCUGAGACCUCAGUGAUUGGUGAUGAAAGGAAACAUAUUCUGGGUAUGAGAAAACUGGAUAGUGAAAUGCAGAACCAAGAACCAAUAGAAUCACGGGGAUUUAUAACUAAAACGUUACAGCAGCCUGAUGUGGUGAGUGAAUGCGGAAUCAUGGCUGCCGGUAACUCUGUGGAAGGGACUGACCAAGGUUCUGUAAUGGCCAUCAAUAAGCAAGUGAACACUGAAGUUGUUAGCUGGACUGGAAUUGGGUGUCAAAAUGAAGUCUCCAGGGCACCUUCACUGUCCUCUUCUGCUCAGCAUGAGUUUGGACCAGAAAGGAAGGAAAAUGCUUCUAAUCCAUUUCAAGGUCUUAAUAACAGUAGCUUAUUGGGAAAACAAUAUGCUGAUAGUCAUUCUACUUCUUUCACUCCUAGAGAGCAGUGGAAAUCUAUAUCAGGUAUCGUAAAUGAUAAUCAGAGGCCACUCCCAGCAAGGGAUGGUAAUGAGAUGAUGAAACACAUGCCUCAGGAUGAUCCGAGUUUUUCUGAACUUCAAAAAAGGUAUAUUGCGGAUGGGUGCAAAGUUGUCCCCGUUGACAAUGCAUUGAAACAUGGAACGUUGUUUACAACUGAACCAGAUGAAGGAGACAAGUCUAUAUCCGCUGAUUCUCCACCUUGUCCAAAGUACACCAUGUUAGAGAAAUGGGUAAUGGACCAGCAGAAAAAGAAACUCUUACUUGAGCGAAAUUGGGUUUUGAAACAGCGGAAAACACAACAAAGGAUUGCGACCUGUUUUGACAAGUUAAAGGAAAAUGUGAGCUCAUCCGAAGAUAUAUCUGCAAGAACUAAGAGUGUGAUAGAAUUAAAGAAAUUGCAAUUGUUGGAGCUCCAACGACGUCUGCGGAGUGAUUUUCUGAAUGACUUUUUUAAGCCGAUUGCAAAUGAUAUGGAUCGCUUGAAAUCAUAUAAGAAACACAAACAUGGCAGAAGGAUAAAACAACUUGAAAAAUUUGAGCAGAAAAUGAAGGAAGAGCGGCAGAAGAUAAUUCGUGAAAGGCAGAAGGAGUUCUUUGGUGAAAUAGAAGUUCACAAGGAAAGAUUGGAUGAUGUGUUCAAAAUUAAGAGAGAACGCUGGAAGGGUUUCAAUAAAUUUGUGAGGGAAUUCCACAAACGAAAAGAACGUUUUCAUCGUGAGAAGAUUGACAGAAUUCAGCGUGAGAAGAUUAAUCUACUAAAGAUCAAUGACGUUGAGGGUUAUUUGCGGAUGGUGCAGGAUGCUAAAUCAGAUCGUGUUAAGCAACUGCUGAAAGAGACAGAGAAGUAUCUCCAGAAGCUUGGAUCUAGGCUGCAGGAGGCAAAAACUAUUGGAAGUCACUUUGAGAAUGAUAUGGAUGAGACGAGAACUUUAAGUACUGUCCAAAAGAAUGAAACUAUUGCUGAGAACGAAGAUGAAAGUGACCAGGCCAAGCAUUAUAUGGAAAGCAAUGAAAAGUACUACUUCAUGGCUCACAGUAUAAAAGAGAAUAUAACAGAUCAACCAACUUCGCUUCAGGGUGGAAAAUUAAGGGAGUACCAAAUGAAUGGGUUAAGAUGGUUGGUUUCACUUUACAACAACCAUUUGAAUGGUAUUCUCGCAGAUGAGAUGGGCCUUGGGAAAACCGUUCAAGUUAUCGCCCUGAUGUGUUAUCUGAUGGAAACCAAAAAUGACAGAGGACCUUUCUUAGUUGUUGUACCAUCUUCAGUUUUACCUGGAUGGGAGUCGGAAAUCAAUUUGUGGGCCCCUGGAGUACACAAAAUUGUCUAUUCAGGGCCUCCAGAAGAGAGGCGCAGAUUAUUUAAGGAAAGAAUUUUGCAUCAGAAGUUCAAUGUACUUUUGACUACAUAUGAGUAUCUGAUGAACAAGCAUGAUAGACCAAAACUGAGUAAAGUUCAUUGGCAUUAUAUUAUAAUUGACGAAGGCCAUCGAAUAAAGAAUGCUUCUUGCAAGUUGAAUGCUGAAUUGAAGCACUAUCGCAGCUCUCAUAGAUUGCUGUUAACUGGAACACCUCUGCAGAACAAUCUUGAGGAGCUGUGGGCACUGCUUAAUUUUUUGUUACCUAAUAUAUUUAAUUCAUCAGAGGAUUUUUCUCAGUGGUUCAACAAGCCAUUUGAGGGUAAUGGUGACAACUCUGCUGAUGAGGCCUUGCUAUCUGAGGAGGAGAAUCUGUUGAUCAUAAACCGUCUUCAUCAAGUUCUUCGACCAUUUGUACUUCGUAGAUUGAAACAAAAGGUUGAAAAUCAACUGCCGGAAAAGAUUGAGAGACUUAUACGAUGUGAGGCAUCUGCAUACCAAAAGCUUUUGAUGAAGAGGGUGGAAGAAAAUCUUGGUUCAAUCGGAAAUUCCAAGGCUCGUUCUGUGCACAACUCUGUCAUGGAGCUUCGUAAUAUAUGCAAUCACCCAUAUCUCAGCCAGCUUCAUGCAGAGGAGGUUGAUAAUUUAAUUCCCAAGCAUUAUCUGCCACCAGUUCUCAGACUUUGUGGGAAGCUUGAGAUGUUGGAUCGAUUACUGCCUAAACUGAAGGCGACAGACCAUCGGGUCCUUUUCUUUUCCACAAUGACCAGGCUGCUUGAUGUUAUGGAGGAGUAUCUCACCUUCAAACAGUAUCAGUACCUUCGGUUGGAUGGGCAUACGUCUGGGAAUGAUCGUGGUCCGCUUAUUGAUAAAUUUAAUAAACCAAAUUCGCCCUACUUUAUCUUUUUGCUCAGCAUUCGAGCAGGUGGUGUUGGAGUAAAUCUUCAAGCAGCCGAUACAGUCAUCAUAUUUGACACUGACUGGAACCCUCAGGUUGAUUUACAAGCGCAAGCAAGGGCUCAUAGGAUUGGUCAAAAGAGGGAAGUGCUUGUUCUUCGUUUUGAAACAGUGAAAACAGUCGAGGAACAAGUCAGAGCUGCAGCUGAGCACAAACUGGGAGUUGCCAAUCAGAGUAUUACUGCCGGAUUUUUUGAUAAUAACACAAGUGCUGAAGAUCGUAGGGAAUACUUGGAGUCCCUCCUGCGGGAGUCUAAGAAAGAGGAAGAUGCCCCUGUAUUAGAUGAUGAUUCUCUAAACGAUGUCUUGGCUCGCAACGAGUCAGAGAUUGAUGUAUUUGAAUCAGUGGACAAACGAAGGCGGGAAGAAGAGAUGGCUGCAUGGAAAAAGUUGGUAUUGGGAGAGAGAAUAGAUGGUUCUGAGCCUCUACCUCCCCUUCCUUCUCGUCUUGUUACUACUGAUGAUUUAAAAGAAUUCUAUGAAGUUUUUAAAUUAUUUGAUGCACCAAAAGCUGUGGUAGCAUCUGACCCUGGGGCAAAGCGGAAGGGCGAGAAACUUGGAGCCCUUGAUACUCGGGAAUAUGGAAGGGGCAAAAGAGCAAGAGAGGUGCGUUCCUAUGAAGAGCAGUGGACUGAGGAGGAAUUUGAAAAACUGUGCCAGGCUGACUCUCCUGGAUCCCCAAAGUUGAAAGAAGAAGUGGUUGAGCAGACGUUGCCAAGAGAUGCUAAAGGGUCUAUGAUGACUGUUGACAGUGCAGAACCUCAUGUUUCAACUUUGUUACCCCAACCACAAACUAUGACUAUGGAGCCUUUGCAAGUGCAGCAGACCCAAGAAGUAACACCAUCUAAGCGGGGUCGUGGAAGACCAAGAAGAGCAACUUCAGUUAGAUAUUCAGCUGCAGCACCACUGUCAUCAGCACCUUCUGGCACUGACAAAGUUGAGCUGGGGUCACAGAAAGCAUCAGAGCAUAGUGUUUCACCUAUUUCUGGUGGCACCUCAAUGGAGAAAUGUAUAGGUGGAACAAUGCCUCAUUCAAGCAUGGGGAUUGUUCCCAUCUCUCAGCCUACUGUCCCUAUUCUUUCAGGAUCUCAUCCAACCCCAUCUUCUUGUCCUCCUGUACCUGUGCAGUCAAAGGGACAAAAUCGGAGGGUUCAAAGUGGGGGACAUACACCAAGGCGUAGGGGAAAGAGACAGGAGCAACUACCACCGGCUACUCCUGAUGGUUCAGCUGUUGCUAAUCUGAAGAUGAAUGAGCAAUCACUGAGUGGAACUGUCAAUUCAUCAAACACCGAAGCCUUUGCCAUCAGUGGAACUGGUUCUAGCAUUCCUACGACCCCCUGUCCUGAUGUUUUACCCUUUUCUUCUACUGUAGAUGGUAUGACUGGAACCAGUCAUCACUCUGGUGUUGGGAUUGCUUUGAUUUCUCAACCGACCUCUAUAGUUCCUUCUGUUGCUCCCAUUCCUCAGUCCUCUCCUUCUUGCCCUUCAGCUCCUUCUCAAAUUAAGGGGCAAAGCCGAAAGACUCAGAGUGGAGCAGGAGCACCUCGGCGCAGAGGAAGGAAACAGGAAUCCACAUUGCUUGUAGUUCCAAAUAUAUCAGCUGACCAGAAUUCAGAGCCAAAUCCGCAAUUGAAGAGUAAAGUUGAGGAUUCUUUUGUCAGUAAAAAUGGCACUGUGAUAAGUAACAAUGAGAAUGAUGCUCAGGACCGAAUGCAUGUCAUCCAGGAGCUUGCUGGUGAAGACUUGGCCGCUGGAAAUGUGGCUAUUCAAGAUAAACAAUCAACUAAAGAUUUAGAUCAUGUAGCACAGAAAAAGCAUCCAACAAGCUCAUCAACAACAGAUGAUAGUGCUGCCAGAUCCGUGGUGAUGAAGGGAGUUUCACCUCAAAAUAGCCCUUCGAAAGCUAAAUCUGACGAGCGCCGGGGUAAUGCAGUUGUGGCUGUGGUUGGUGGACCUGUAUUGAGCAGCACAGCUAUCGAGGUGAUCAAGAACCAAAGUUCGGAGGAUAAGUCGUGUACAGCUAUGUCAAAUUUGAAAAAUACAUCGCCAGUUCUUGGUCCUUCAAACAAUCCAUCAUUGCUAUCUAAUGCUGUAGAAGGUUCCAGUAAAACUACUGUAAAUAUUGCUCCUACCUUGCAGCCAAUUUUACCUAGUCUUGCUGUUGCUUCAGCUACUGAGCCUGUGCAUACUAGGAGGCAAGGUCGUAAGGCUCCAAACAAAGUAGAAGCACCUAAGCGGAGGGGAAGGAAACAUGGAUCAGUGUUACCUGCUACUUCUGAUGGUUCAGCUGGUCAGGACCCAAAAUUGCAUUUGCCUUCAACCGGGAGUAAAGCCAUUGCUCCUAGAAGUAAGGAUGAGACUGAUCCCCAUGAAUUAUUAAAUACUAUUUCAGUAAAUGCAUCUGAAGCGCAUUUUCCUGGUGGUCAAGACCCCAAAAGAAAAGAAACCUCUGUACCCCCGGGCUUCGGUCGCAUUCAGACUGCUGAUGUGAAUGAUGUAGCUCGAGUGAUGAAAGAGAUUUUCUCUGAAACUUGUUUGUCAAGGAGUAGAAUUGGCGAGACUUCUGGGAAUGAAGGAACCGUUGCCCCUGCUGUUUGUGUGCCGGGUAAGGCACCUGUAGAAGUCGUGAGAGACCAAAUUCCUGAGGAUGAAUCACUUUCGUCUAUGCCAAGUUCGGGAACUGCAGUACUACUUGAUAAUGUUUCAAUGCAAACAGACGUAUACCAUUCUGGGAGUGAAUCUGAUGCUAAAGUAAUAGAAAGCAAGACUCCUAUUUCAGGUGAGCCUGCCUUUUCUAGUACCGAUGCUUCCAAUCAUGAGAGCAAGAGUGCUGCUGGCUCUGUUCAAAACGUGAUGUAUUCGAGAAAUCUUUUCCAUGAAAACUCAACCAUGUUGAGUAUUGUGGAGGCCAUUGAUGCCGGUCAUACAGCUGUUGAGUCUUCUGGAAACGAAGGUGAGAGGAUAGUGGAGGUUUCCAGAAACAAACAAUUGGAGGAUAAAGAAUCUUUAGAUGUAUCAACCGUGGAAGCAUCUAUGCCAGUUAUUAACCCUCCAACCAACAAUUCUGAAAAGCUAUCUGAACCUGAAGCUCAUGCAGAGGUAGAGAUGGACAGAAGUCUUGGUUUUGUAGAGGUCUCCAUUUCCAAAACUGAUACUUCCACUCUUGCUAGCGAAAAGGCUGUUGGUUCUGUUAGUGAUAUGAUAGUUUCUAGGAAACUUUCCAUUGUCGAUACAGGUAGUCCUACAGUUUCUCUUAAUGCCAUAGAAAGCAGAGGUGAAGUCAGCUUUCUGCUGGACGUGGACGGUUCAGGGAGCUGUGCUGGGGCUUGCAAUACUGUUGAUAAUCCCUUGAAAGCAACGGCAUCAUGGCCUGAUGAUGAAUCUCUUAAAUCUGCUGAUGCUGAGGUUAUUCCGAUCGGCCAUAUAGGGACUGAGUUGAAGCCUGCUGAGUGUGAUCAUGUUGAGGUUCUGCAAACAGGGGAAAUUUUGUUGGAAGUACAUCCCUCGCCACUGAAAGAUAUUGCUGAGGAAUCAGAAGCUCAAGCAGUAACUCAGCUGCAGGUAGAGGAUGGAAGUAGUAACGUUGCUCCGGAAAUAGAACCCUCUAAAUCAGUGAGUGCUAUGCAGAAAGUUCUCCCUUGUUCCCUGGAGCAAGUUCCUCAAAAAUUGGAAUAUGAAGUAGGUGAACGAACAGUUGUUUCUAAUGUGGGUAGCCUUCUCCAGCAAAAUAUUACAGAGAACAUUGAUGUGUCUUCAGGCUCCCUGGUGACAGAAGAAAAGGAGUCUGAAAGAUCGGCCAGAAGAGCUCCAGCUUGUACCUCUGUGAUGGAGGUACCAAAAUGGUCUGAAGCCGAAACGGUUGAUCAAAUGGAUUUCUCCCAUUCUGAUAGGGCCCCAGAGGGUGUAUCUGCGAAGUUGUUUUUAUCAUCGGAACCUUUAAAAGAUGAGGAGAAGUUUGAUGGCUUCUCUGGGAGAACUUCAAUUGACCGCGAAGUUCGAGUGGAGAAGUCUCAGGGAUUGGAGGAUGAUGUUGGGGAUCGAGUGAACCUAGAGCAGGUUGGAGUUAUUGUGAACAGAACUAUCUCACAAGCACAGAAUGACAUGUUUCCAACUUUGGGGCCACUUGAGGAAAAUAAAAUUGACAGUUCUGACCGGGCGGAUCUGGAUGUCAACUCUGUAGAACUGGCGGAACUUAAAGGUUCUGAAGCUGUGAUGGGUAAUGAAAUGGAUGUUGACAGCUCAGAGUGGAAGGAUCUGGAUGUGUACUCUGUAAAACUGGUGGAACGUAAAGGUUCUGAAGCUGAGAUGGGUAAUGAAAUGGAUGCCUCACAGGUUGGGGGGAUAGCGCCAAAAGAUGUAUCAGUGAACAUGUGUCUGCCAUCACCUCGAAUGAUGAUAGAGGGCGAAAAGUUCGAGGGCUCAUCUGGGCAGAGUGCUGUCAACAGUUCAAGUGCACAAGUGGAGUUAAAGGGAUUUGAAGGCACAAUUGAUGAUCAUAUGGAUGUGUCACGAGUGGAUGUUUCUUUGGCAGAAAAUGUUAUAGAAAGCAUUGACACGCCCUCGUCCUCCCCCGUGAAAUUGUCUGAUUCUGCUGCAGUGGAGGAACCUAAAUUGUCUGAUUCUGAAAUGGGUGAUCAAUUUGAUACUUCCCGGGCUGGUGGCACGAUGCCCAAAGGUGUAGCAGAAAAACCGGUUCCACCUGCAUCUCCCCCAACUGUGACUGAACCUGAAAUGGGUGAUAAAUUUGAUGCUUCUCUGGCUGGUGGCACGGUGCCCAAAGGCGUAGCUGAAAAAACAGUUCGGCAUGCAUCUCCCUCAACUGUGGAAGAAAAGUUUGAUAGCUCAAUAGUUGAUGGAUCAAAAGGGUCUGUGAUGGAUAUGAAUACAUCUCCCACUGUUGUGAAUGUGACUGAAGAUAUGUCCGAUGAUGGGGUUCCUCCAAUUUCACUGGCUACAGAGGAAAAUGUGACCGAAAAUGUGUCAGAUAAUGAGGUUCCUCCUUCGAUAUCACUGGCUACUGAGGAAAAAGAGACUUCUGGGAAUGAAGGAACCGUUGCCCCUGCUGUUUGUGUGCCGGGUAAGGCACCUGUGGAAGUCGUCAGAGACGAAAUUCCUGAGGAUGAAUCACUUUCGUCUAUGCCAAGUUCGGGAACUGCAAUACUACUUGAUAAUGUUUCAAUGCAAACAGACGUAUACCAUUCUGGGAGUGAAUCUGAUGCUAAAGUAAUAGAAAGCAAGACUCCUAUUUCAGGUGAGCCUGCCUUUUCUAGUACCGAUGCUUCCAAUCAUGAGAGCAAGAGUGCUGCUGGCUCUGUUCAAAACGUGAUGUAUUCGAGAAAUCUUUUCCGUGAAGACUCAACCAUGUUGGGUAUUGUGGAGGCCAUUGAUGCCGGUCAUACAGUUGUUGAGUCUUCUGGAAACGAAGGUGAGAGAAUAGUGGAGGUUUCCAGAAACAAACAAUUGGAGGAUAAAGAAUCUUUAGAUGUAUCAACCGUGGAAGCAUCUAUGCCAGUUAUUAACCCUCCAACAAACAAUUCUGAAAAGCUAUCUGAACCUGAAGCUCAUGCAGAGGUAGAGAUGGACAGAAGUCUUGAUUUUGUAGAGGUCUCCAUUUCCAAAACUGAUACUUCCACUCUUGCUAGCGAAAAGGCUGUUGGUUCUGUUAGUGAUAUGAUAGUUUCUAGGAAACUUUCCAUUGUCGAUACAGGUAGUCCUACAGUUUCUCUUAAUGCCAGAGAAAGCAGAGGUGAAGUCAGCUUUCUGCUGGACGUGGACGGUUCAGGGAGUUGUGCUGGGGCUUGCAAUACUGUUGAUAAUCCCUUGAAAGCAACGGCAUCAUGGCCUGAUGAUGAAUCUAUUAAAUCUGCUGAUGCUGAGGUUAUUCCGAUCGGCCAUUUUGGGACUGAGUUGAAGCCUGCUGAGUGUGAUCAUGUUGAGGUUCUGCAAACAGGGGAAAUUUUGUUGGAAGUACAUCCCUCGCCACUGAAAGAUAUUGCUGAGGAAUCAGAAGCUCAAGCAGUAACUCAGCUGCAGGUAGAGGAUGGAAGUAGUAAGGAUGCUUCGGAAAUAGAACCCUCUAAAUCGGUGAGUGCUAUGCAGAAAGUUCUCCCUUGUUCCCUGGAGCAAGUUCCCCAAAAAUUGGAAUAUGAAGUAGGUGAACGAACAGUUGUUUCUAAUGUGGGUAGCCUUCUCCAGCAAAAUAUUACAGAGAACAUUGAUGUGUCUUCAGGCUCCCUGGUGACAGAAGAAAAGGAGUCUGAAAGAUCAGCCAGAAGAGCUCUAGCUUGUACCUCUGUGAUGGAGGUACCGAAAUGGUCUGAAGCCGAGACGGUUGAUCAAAUGGAUUUCUUCCAAUCUGAUAGGGCCCCAGAGGGUGUAUCUGCAAAGUUGUUUUUAUCAUCGGAACCUUUAAAAGAUGAGGAGAAGUUUGAUGGCUUCUCUGGGAGAACUUCAAUGGACCGUGAAGUUCGAGUGGAGAAGUCUCAGGGAUUGGAGGAUGAUGUUGGGGAUCGAGUGAACCUAGAGCAGGUUGGAGUUAUUGUGAACAGAACUAUCUCACAAGCACAGAAUGACAUUUUUCCAACUUUGGGGCCACUUGAGGAAAAUAAAAUUGACAGUUCUGACCGGGCGGAUCUGGAUGGCAACUCUGUAGAACUGGCGGAACUUAAAGGUUCUGAAGCUGUGAUGGGUAAUGAAAUGGAUGUUGACGGCUCAGAGUGGAAGGAUCUGGAUGUGUACUCUGUUAAACUGGUGGAACGUAAAGGUUCUGAAGCUGAGAUGGGUAAUGAAAUGGAUGCCUCACAGGUUGGGGGGAUAGCGCCAAAAGAUGUAUCAGUGAACAUGUGUCUGCCAUCACCUCGAAUGAUGAUAGAGGGCGAAAAGUUCGAGGGCUCAUCUGGGCAGAGUGCGGUCAACAGUUCAAGUGCACAAGUGGAGUUAAAGGGAUUUGAAGGCACAAUUGAUGAUCAUAUGGAUGUGUCACGAGUGGAUGUUUCUUUGGCAGAAAAUGUUAUAGAAAGCAUUGACCCGCCCUCGUCCUCCCCCGUGAAAUUGUCUGAUUCUGCUGCCAUGGAGGAACCUAAAUUGUCUGAUUCUGAAAUGGGUGAUCAAUUUGAUGCUUCCCGGGCUGGUGGCACGAUGCCCAAAGGUGUAGCAGGAAAACCGGUUCUGCCUGCAUCUCCCCCAACUGUGACUGAACCUGAAAUGGGUGAUAAAUUUGAUGCUUCCCUGGCUGGUGGCACGGUGCCCAAAGGCGUAGCUGAAAAAACAGUUCGGCGUGCAUCUCCAUCAACUGUGGAAGAAAAGUUUGAUAGCUCAAUAGUUGAUGGAUCAAAAGGGUCUGUGAUGGAUAUGAAUACAUCUCCCACUGUUGUGAAUGUGACUGAAGAUAUGUCCGAUGAUGGGGUUCCUCCAAUUUCACUGGCUACAGAGGAAAAUGUGACCGAAAAUGCGUCAGAUAAUGAGGUUCCUCCUUCGAUAUCACUGGCUACUGGGGAAAAAGAAACAGAAGUUUUAUCUGGGGGUCUACUCUGCAGGUCAGUCGAUCUGGAUGAAUCCAGAAGGUCUGAAGCUGUAAACCGCGGUGAAAUGGGUGUAUCAAAGGUUGAUUUAGUUGGGCCUUCGUCUUCCUUCACUGCAGAAGAAGAAAUUGUGGAGGAUGCUUCAGGUAAUGGUUCACCUUGCAAUGUAGUUGAGCUGGAGGAAUGAUUGAACGAUUUGUAUUACUCAGAACAAGUUGUAACAGAGAAUACAAAUACUCAGAUUGUAUUACUGUUAUCAAUAUUGUCUCUUACAACUUUAAUUUAAAGUGAAACAAGAAAGAAAAGAUAAACCCUA